UUCUCGGCUGUUUUCGCCCGUCUUCCAAAACAAGCGACUGUCUGCCUAAAUCGAUAAACUGCAGUCAAACGCCACGAAUCCAAUCUAGAACGUACUUUCACCAUUAAAACCCACCAAUUUUUAUACGGCGAACCAACCACGAAAAAGUCUCCCCAUCAUCCUCGUAGGGGGAGGCAGUAUGGGCCCAAACAAUUGCUCAUAUUUCGUCGCCGUCUCGAAUCCAAAGCCACUGCGAUUUGUCCGAUGAAUAAUGUAACUGACAAUUGAAUAUGCAAGUUGGUUUGUUGUUGUGCCAUUGACUGAGUUUUGUAUACUAGUGCUGUAAUAUGGCAGACUGUUGCAUCUACACCUUCCUCCUGGCAGCGGUUGGACUCUUGGCCAUAUUCUUGUUCCUCUUAGAGAACCUCUGGUCUCUCUUGCAAGCCGUUAGGGCCAUAUUAGCCCCAUACUUCAUACCCAAUGAAGAAACUGCACUAGCGAAAAAAUUCGGGCCAUGGGCUUUGGUCACUGGAUCAACAGACGGCAUUGGGAGAGCUUAUUCCUUUGAGCUAGCUAAGAGGGGAAUCAACAUAGUCCUUGUUAGCCGGAAUGAGGAAAGAUUAAAAAAUACCGCUAAAGAAAUAGAGUCAAGGUUUUCUGUGAAAACCAAAAUAAUUGCGGCAGAUUUUUCCUUGGGCAGAAAAGCAGUGGAAGUAGUUAAGGAGGAAAUUGGAAAGUUAGAAAUAGAUAUUUUGGUAAAUAACGUAGGCAAGAUGUACGAAUACCCAACAUUCGUGACGGAAGUCCCUGAGCAAGUCAUCGAAGACAUCAUCAACAUCAACGUGGGCGCAGCCACUUUGAUGUGCCGAUCCUUCUUGGAGGGCAUGAAGCAGCGAAGACGAGGGGCCAUAGUCAACGUUUCGUCCGGGUCAGAACACCAACCGAUGCCCUUCAUAGCGAUCUACGCAGCAACAAAGGCCUACAUAAAAAGCUUCUCAGCUGCCUUGAGGUACGAAUACCAGCCGUAUGGCAUCACGGUCCAGCAUCUGAUGCCCAUGUAUGUCGACACCAAAAUGAACGCUUACAGCGAAAAGAUGGCCAAGGAUAAAAUCUUCGUUGUCAGCCCCGAGCAGUACGCUAAGUACGCGGUGGCCACUUUGGGGAAAAUGGACGAGUCUUCGGGUCAUUGGGCACAUGGUAUUCAGACCUUCCUCUUGAAGUUAGCACCAACGUGGAUAAGGAUAUACAUAGCAGGAAACAUCAAUUUAGCGUUUAGAAAGGAGUAUCUUUCAAGGAUUAAACCGGGAAGCAAGUCCUGUGAAGAAGCUGCCAAGAUACAGUAAUCCUUAGGUAAAUUAAAUUAGGACAGUUUUUUGUAAAUUUUUCUAGCCUCUUUUUUAAAAAUAAAGUAGUGUUGUGUUUUA